ACUGGAGCGUCUCCUGCUCGCGCACGCCAGAAGCAGCUCGGGGUCUCUCCGCCGCCCCUUGGCCAUGGCCGCUGUGCCGACGGCGCCCGCUCCCCUGCGCUCCCGGGGCCCCCGCCGCUGCAGCCGCAGCCGCCGCAGCUUCUGAGCCCAAGGGGCCGCCGCUGCCGCCGCCGCCGCCGCCGCUCGCCCGCCCGGAUCCCGCCUGCGGCAGUUGCCGCACAACAUGCUACCUGCGGCCGCCCCGGCGGCUCCUGGAACCCCGGUUCGCGGCGAUGCCAGCCACCCCAGCGAAGCCGCCGCAGUUCAGUGCUUGGAUAAUUUGAAAGUACAAUAGUUGGUUUCCCUGUCCACCCGCCCCACUUCGCUUGCCAUCACAGCACGCCUAUCGGAUGUGAGAGGAGAAGUCCCGCUGCUCGGGCACUGUCUAUAUACGCCUAACACCUACAUAUAUUUUAAAAACAUUAAAUAUAAUUAACAAUCAAAAGAAAGAGGAGAAAGGAAGGGAAGCAUUACUGGGUUACUAUGCACUUGCGACUGAUUUCUUGGCUUUUUAUCAUUUUGAACUUUAUGGAAUACAUCGGCAGCCAAAACGCCUCCCGGGGAAGGCGCCAGCGAAGAAUGCAUCCUAACGUUAGUCAAGGCUGCCAAGGAGGCUGUGCAACGUGCUCAGAUUACAAUGGAUGUUUGUCAUGUAAGCCCAGACUAUUUUUUGCUCUGGAAAGAAUUGGCAUGAAGCAGAUUGGAGUAUGUCUCUCUUCAUGUCCAAGUGGAUAUUAUGGAACUCGAUAUCCAGAUAUAAAUAAGUGUACAAAAUGCAAAGCUGACUGUGAUACCUGUUUCAACAAAAAUUUCUGCACAAAAUGUAAAAGUGGAUUUUACUUACACCUUGGAAAGUGCCUUGACAAUUGCCCAGAAGGGUUGGAAGCCAACAACCAUACUAUGGAGUGUGUCAGUAUUGUGCACUGUGAGGUCAGUGAAUGGAAUCCUUGGAGUCCAUGCACGAAGAAGGGAAAAACAUGUGGCUUCAAAAGAGGGACUGAAACACGGGUCCGAGAAAUAAUACAGCAUCCUUCAGUAAAGGGUAACCUAUGUCCCCCCACAAAUGAGACAAGAAAGUGUACAGUGCAAAGGAAGAAGUGUCAGAAGGGAGAACGAGGUAGAACAUCAAGGGGAGAUGAACGCUGUUUUAAUCACUAGAAUGUUCCAAAACCCAGUUCAGGCAGGAAAAAAAGGAAGGGAGAGGAAAAGAAAAAAACCUAAUAAAGGAGAAAGUAAAGAAGCAAUACCUGACAGCAAAAGUCUGGAAUCCAGCAAAGAAAUCCCAGAGCAACGAGAAAACAAACAGCAGCAGAAGAAGCGAAAAGUCCAAGAUAAACAGAAAUCGGUAUCAGUCAGCACUGUACACUAGAGGGUUCCAUGAGAUUAUUGUAGACUCAUGAUGCUGCUAUCUCAACCAGAUGCCCAGGACAGGUGCUCUAGCCAUUAGGACCACAAAUGGACAUGUCAGUUAUUGCUCUGUCUAAACAACAUUCCCAGUAGUUGCUAUAUUCUUCAUACAAGCAUAGUUAACAACAAAGAGCCAAAAGAUCAAAGAAGGGAUACUUUCAGAUGGUUGUCUUAUGUGCUUCUCUGCUUUUUUAAAAGACAAGACAUUCUUGUACAUAUUAUCAAUAGGCUAUAAGAUGUAACAACGAAAUGAUGACAUCUGGAGAAGAAACAUCUUUUCCUUAUAAAAAUGUGUUUUCAAGCUGUUGUUUUAAGAAGCAAAAGAUAGUUCUGCAAAUUCAAAGAUACAGUAUCCCUUCAAAACAAAUAGGAGUUCAGGGAAGAGAAACAUCCUUCAAAGGACAGUGUUGUUUUGACCGGGAGAUCUAGAGAGUGCUCAGAAUUAGGGCCUGGCAUUUGGAAUCACAGGAUUUAUCAUCACAGAAACAACUGUUUUAAGAUUAGUUCCAUCACCCUCAUCCUGUAUUUUUAUAAGAAACACAAGAGUGCAUACCAGAAUUGAAUAUACCAUAUGGGAUUGGAGAAAGACAAAUGUGGAAGAAAUCAUAGAGCUGGAGACUACUUUUGUGCUUUACAAAACUGUGAAGGAUUGUGGUCACCUGGAACAGGUCUCCAAUCUAUGUUAGCACUAUGUGGCUCAGCCUCUGUUACCCCUUGGAUUAUAUAUCAACCUGUAAACAUGUGCCUGUAACUUACUUCCAAAAACAAAAUCAUACUUAUUAGAAGAAAAUUCUGAUUUUAUAGAAAAAAAAUAGAGCAAGGAGAAUAUAACAUGUUUGCAAAGUCAUGUGUUUUCUUUCUCAAUGAGGGAAAAACAAUUUUAUUACCUGCUUAAUGGUCCACCUGGAACUAAAAGGGAUACUGUUUUCUAACAAGGUAUAUCUAGUAGGGGAGAAAGCCACCACAAUAAAUAUAUUUGUUAAUAGUU